CCUUGACAAUCCAUGUGGUAAAGUAAAGGCACUUCUAAUGCGUAUUUAGCACAGUGUCUACGGAGAGGGAGGGAGGAGGCGACUGGCCAGACAAGUUUCCGCUUCUCUUUUGUUCUCUCUCUCGUUAUAGUUGAGGUACUCCAACGGAAAUGGGAUUGUCAGCGAACCACCUGUUAACGGCCGUGUUGCUAUUAUCAUCUCUACACAACAACCUGGCUUAUAGAGCGCUGUUUCUCGCACCCGUUGCCUCGAGGAGUCACAAAAAUUUCUUCAGUGGCGUGGCCCGGGCGCUUGCUGAGGAUGGCAAUGAGGUAACCCUGGCGACGCCCUACGCACCGAAAUCUCCGCCUCCGCACCUACUACGGGAGGUGGUCCUCAGAGACGCCGACCUCCACCGGUACUUCCCCAACGCCUUCUCCGGGAACAUCAUGGCGGCCCCUCUCACGGUCAUAAAGGAAUCCUUCGACGUCUGUCUCAGGACCUUAGGCUCUCCUGAAGUACAGAGCCUCCUGAAGGAAGAGUUCGAGGUGGUGCUCUUGUCUUCCUUCUUCUCGGACUGUUACUUGGCUGUGGUUCAUCAGCUGAAGGUUCCAUUCAUCUACGUGUCGCCUCUGGGACUCGUCGGACCCCAGGCUGACUUGGCAGGAAAUCCGACUUUUCCUUCCUUCUGCGCGGCGCCUGUGUUCACCUUCGAGCAUCCUCUCACGUUCACCCAGAGAUUGGUCAACGCUGUGGGCGAAUUGGCAGCGUCGGCGAUUUUCAGAUACGGGAUUGGAUAUGUAAGUGACUGGAAAUGCAGAAGGAGUGGUCUCUGUCCGGAUGACAUGCCAGCGGUCAACGAGAUGCGCCUAAAUUCCAGCCUUGUCAUCCUAAACAGUGUGAAAAACCUGGAGACGCCCGUCCGGCCUUACGUCCCCGGGGUGAUCCACGCCGGGGGAAUCCACUGCAGGGCGGCGAGACCUUUGCCUGAGGACCUGGCGAAGUGGGUGGACGAAUCAGGCGAAGCGGGUUUCAUCUUCUUCAGCCUCGGGUCAGCCGUGAAACCCUCGGAUAUGCCGGAAAAGUACCGGAAAGUGUUAGUAAACGUUUUCGGUUCCCUACGUCAGCGCGUGUUGUGGAAAUGGGACGUUGAUAGUAUGGUGGAUCUGCCUCCAAAUGUCAGGCUGGGAAAGUGGUUGCCGCAACAAGACAUUCUGAGUCACCCCAAGUUACGUCUCUUCAUCACCCAUGGCGGUCUGCUAAGUACCCUCGAAUCGACAUACCACGGCACGCCUGUCCUUGGGAUCCCUGUGUUCGGGGACCAAGUUGGUAACAUGAUGGAGGUGCAGAGACAAGGAUGGGGGAGGACCCUGCGGUGGGGGGAGUUUGACGAAGAUCUCUUGAGGGAGACCAUCUACAGCAUCAUGGAUAACCCGAAAAUGCUAGCGGUUGUGGAGCGCCGGUCAGCCGUGAUGCGUGACCUGCCUCAGUCUCCAGCUCGCGAAGUUUCCUACUGGGUCGGUUAUGUGGUGCGUCACGGAGGAGCAAGGCAUAUGCGCUCUCCGGUUUAUACGAUGGCCUGGUACCAGUUAUACAACGUUGAUGUGUGGGGGACCGUCACAGUGUUAUUGUGUGCACUAAUAUACGCUAUAGUGUGGACCUCCUCCUUCUGUGUCCGACGAAUCAGAAAAUUGAAGAGAGAUUGAUAAAGGAGGAGAAGAAGAAGAAGAAGAA